CGUAUUCCCCUCCUCUGCCUGCAUACUCACCACCACCACCGCCAACGUAUUCUCCUCCUCCACCUACAUACUCGCCUCCACCCCUUGCAUAUGUACAACCACCACCGCCUCCACCAACAUACUCGCCUCCUCCACCUGCAUACUCACCACCACCACCGCCNCUGCAUAUGCACAACCACCUCCGCCCUCACCAACAUACUCACCUCCUCCACCGACAUACUCUCCACCGCCACCAUCACCAAUUUACUCGCCUCCUCCGCCUGCAUACUCACCACCACCAACGUACUUCCCUCCUCCGCCUACAUAUUCGCCACCGCCACCAUCACCAAUUUACUCACCUCCUCCGCCUGCAAACUCACCACCACCACCAACGUAUUCCCCACCUCCACCUACAUAUUCGUCUCCUCCGCCUGCAUACUCACCACCACCACCAACGUAUUCCCCACCUCCACCUACAUAUUCGCCUUCACCACCGCCUCCAUCACCAAUUUACUCACCUCCUCCACCACCACCAUCCCUCUCGCCACCUCCACCCGCAUAUGGACAAUCACCUCCACCUACCCCAGCGUAUUCCCCUCCUCUGCCUGCAUACUCACCACCACCACCGCCAACGUAUUCUCCUCCUCCACCUACAUACUCGCCUCCACCCCUUGCAUAUGUACAACCACCACCGCCUCCACCAACAUACUCGCCUCCUCCACCUGCAUACUCACCACCACCACCGCCAACGUAUUCUCCUCCUCCACCUACAUACUCGCCUCCUCCCCCUGCAUAUGCACAACCACCACCGCCUCUACCAACAUACUCGCCUCCUCCACCUGCAUACUCACCACCUCCACCAUCACCAAUUUACUCGCCUCCGCCUCGCCAAGUGCAGUCACCACCACCGACUUUCUCUCCUCCUCCGCCAAGACGAAUUCACUCGCCUCCUCCUCCUCAUAGGCAGCUACGACCACCUACACCUACACCUACUUAUGGCCAACCACCACCGACUAUCUCUCCUCCUCCGCCAAGACGAAUUCACUCACCGCCUCCUCCUCAUAGGCAGCCACGACCACCUACACCUACACCUACACCUACGUAUGGCCAACCACCACCACCACCAACUACAUAUUCGCCCCCUUCUCCUCCUCCAUAUGGGCUUCUGCUCACUCCAUAAACUAGACCAUCCACCCCACCAACAAACCUGCCACCUUCUACGUACCAUGGCCCAUUGCCACCACGUACCUCCUGUACACCGUAGGAGCUGCAUUUAGUUGCUAGUUUUUCCUUAAAUCAAUAAAGGUCUGGUGUGUUUCUUACUGUUGUCUCACCAGAACAGCUAUAAAGAUUAAUAGUUCUUUCUGUUCUUUUACUAUGAGUAGACAGCUAUGAAGAUCCUGUAAUAAAUGUCAAGUGUUGUUUAAGCUUGAUUAAGUACUAUUAUCCAGUGCUUUUUGGCGACA